UAUUACGAAGAGUUUUUGUUUUAUUUCCAGGCUCUUCCCGAUUUUAUUUUUUUUCACAUUUUUUUGUUUGAAGAAUUUACUCUACUAUACUAUAAACAACUACUGCCAGAAACUGCCUAAAAUAUUAAAAAAAAAUAAAUUAAACUAGUAGUAUGUAGGCAAGACAUACUUAUUUUUGGUACGCCCUUUACUAUUCUAAGCUGUUCCUCGUUUUAGAUUAUGUUGGUUUCAAUGUCAUGACUCGAGAAGGCAUAUAUAAUCUUACAAAACAAUGUAAUGGAAGAGAUUUUGCGAAGAAAUUGGAUAUAGUGGAAAGAAACAUCAUAAAACGGCGAACGUUCGCGGAUAAGGAAAAGCAACAAUUUUUGCGAACAUUUUCGCGAGUUAAAUCUGAGAUGAAAACUAAAUGGCAAGCUGCUAAUCGUACAGAAAAAGCGUUCUUAGAAAAAAAUCGUAAUUGGUUGCAAGGGACUGUUAAAAUAACGCAGAAAUGUAUGUCGAAUAUAGGUGGUCGUCCGGAAAGCGCUUUUGAAGAUUUAAGCGAUUGCAGUAAACGCCGCAAAACAACAUUUUUGAGGAAGGAGAAUGAAGCUGAAGCUCUCUUGUUUGCUGGUCAAAUGGCUCUUCGAAAAUUUGGAAAUGUGAGUGGAGCACAAGUGGUAAAGGACAUCAUGUCAUCGCCGUCACGUGGUAAUAAAUAUAAGAAAGCUUUUAGAAAGAGUGAGACGUCUGAGCCCGAAAAGUUAACACCAACACAAGCGUUAUCUAUGUUUGUAGAAGCUUCAUUGACACGAAAACAAUAUGAAAUUAUUAGAGAAAGCUCAAGAAAACUAUAUCCCUCUUAUUCACUUCUACAGAGAGCAAAACAAGAUUGUUAUCCAGACUCGAAUGCUUAUCGUGUUACUGAAACGUGUGCGGAAAUUAAAUUACAAGCAUUAGCAGAUCAUACUGCAAAGCGAUUUAUUAUUUACCUAGAAGAAGUUUUGAUAUCUCUCACACGAAAAGAAUUGGCAUCCUUGGAGCUGACGUAUAAAUGGGGUUGUGAUGGCUCUCAACAAGCACAAUUCAAACAAACAUUUUCAAAUAGCAGCGAUUCCGAUUCCAACAUUUUCCAGUCGUCACUAGUACCUCUUCAGCUUAUUUGUAAGAAAAAUAAGAAAGUAAUUUGGCAAAACCCAACGCCCUCCUCACCACGUUUUUGCCGACCAAUGAGAAUCAGAUUUAUCAGGGAAUCGAAAGAUGUGACAAAUGAGGAAAUUAAUUAUCACAAAGAGCAGAUAAAACAUUUAAGUACAACCGAAAAUAAUAUCGGAGACAAAGAAGUGACGGUCAACCAUAAAAUGUUAUUUACCAUGGUAGAUGGUAAAGUCUGUAAUGCCGCUACCAAUACAGGCUCGACCAUGCGAUGUUACAUAUGUACGCUUACGUCAAAAGAUUUCAAUGAUUUGGAAAAAUCUGAAAAAGCACCUAUAAACUCAGAAAACUUGGAGUUUGGAUUGUCGAUUUCGUAUAAAAUUACAAUAAAAAAGUGGCAAACAAGAACAGAAUCAGAAAAGAAUAUUAUAAAAGAACGGAAGCAAAUUAUUCAAGAAAAGUUUAGAAAAGAACUUGGCCUAAUCGUUGACGUACCUAAAGCCAACUACGGCAACAGCAACGAUGGAAAUACCAGCAGAAGAUUCUUCUCUAACGUAGAAACCUCGGCAAGUAUAACAGGAAUUGACCAAACCCUCAUUGAAAGAUUGGCUACAAUUCUGGAAGUAAUAUCCAGUGGUCAUAAAAUUGACGUAAAUAAAUUUUCAGAGUACUGUCGAUAUACGGCUAAGCUCUACAUCCAGUUGUAUUACUGGUACCUCAUGUCACCAACCCUCCAUAAAAUUUUGAUACAUGGUCCAACAGUACUAGAAAAAGCACUGUUGCCUAUAGGAGCUCUAUCAGAAGAGGCGGCAGAGAGCAGAAAUAAACAUUUCCGUCAGUACAGGGAAAAAUAUCACGUAAAUUUUGCCGGGUCCAGUGCAACCUGGAUGUCAUGA